AUGAGGGGCCUUCCUAAUAAGGAGCAAACCAUAUUCCAUGAGUAUGAAAAUACCCAGUUACCGCCAUCUAACCGUUUUAAGUGUAGUUCUCAGAUAGAUCGCAUUUCGCCGUUCUUCACAUCAUCCAAUACCGUGGAGUCGUAUCCAUCCCCCAAACAAUGUACUGUAAUACCAGGGAGCGGUGUGGUACCUGACAAAAAAGCAACCUAUCUGCUAUCGGACGGACAAGAAAACCCUUGGAUAGACGAUGGGGCUCGUGGGCCACUCUUUCGUGUGGUGCAUCCUCAGGGGUUUCGUAUCCUUAAGGACAACAAUGUUCUAGAACGCACCUUGCGUGGAUAUUUUCGCCUACCCCCGGUACCUAGUAAGCAUUUGAGGCAGGAGCGUGAGCGUCUCCGAAAGGCAUUGGUAUCAAUUGAAAGGCAGGAGCGUAUGAAACAGUCUAAGAGAGGUAAAAAUGAAAGCGAAAGUCACGGGGGUGUUGUGCUGGACGGUUUCUUUCUCUUAAAUGCGGCUGGUACGGAAAACCCAGAGACAGUGGAAGCCGUUAAUUUGCAGUGCUCGUACCUGACUAGUAGUAUCCCUGAAGACUUAUCUUAUUUCACAAAGUUAGUGUUCCUCGAUGUGAGUGAAAAUUCUUUGAAUGUGGAGGAUCUGCUCGCCCUUACUUCUCUUGAGACUCUUCAUAUUGCAUGUAACAGGAUUUCAUCCCUCACGGGAAUCAGCCAGGCUUUGCAACAGCAACGACUCAAUGGUGCCUCAGAUGGCAUUGAGUGUGGGUCUAGCACGACUGGUACGAUGAACAGCUCCAAGAGUUUGUCUUUUCAUGACGUUGUUUUACCUCAUCUAACGGCGCUUAACCUUUCAUACAAUCGCAUUCCAGCGAGCCACCUUUCACUGUUAGUACAUUUUCCUUGUCUUGAGAAGCUGGAUUUGAGCGGGAACGAUAUAAAAGUUUUGCCGACAGAUCUAUCAUUUCUUACUGGUGUCACUCAUUUUGCAUUGGAGAACAAUCAGUUUCGUUCACCCCUCCAUGAAGUGGAAAAAUUCGAUGUAUUCCAGAGUCUCUCAACUAUGCCUUCCCUUGUCGAAGUGAACUUAAACUAUAAUCAGCUUUCCUACGUUCCUCCGCUUUCUACUCACAGCGGUCGUGGACUUUGUUUUCCUUCUAUUGAAAUUAUGGGAGUCGCUGACAAUCAAUUCCAAACAGCUGAAAGUUUAGUAGAGUUGGGCCAUCUGCAUCGCACACUCAGACAGAUUGUGCUUACGAAUAAUCCUAUAUGUUUGGAUCCUCGUAAUAUUGAGAUCCUCAAGGGGACCUUUUCGAGCAUAGCAGAGGCUACUUUUUAUAACCACGAAAAGCGGCAUCGGAUGUGUGAUGAUUUAGUUUCUCAGUAUGGGAAUGCCCCCAAUCCAGAGGGCGUGCAUUUGACCAGCGACGAGGACAGUGAAAGAUGGAUAGGGAAAGAUUGGGUUCGCUUGAUUUCACUACCUAACAAAGAUUGUGGUCACUAUUCUUUACAGAGCGCCGCAAGGGCGGCUGCCGUUGCCGCUGCCGAGGCUGAAUCUGUUGAUUCCCCAACCAGUAGCCCAGUGAACACAAGUGAUAACGAUGAUCAGCGUACAGUCGAUUCCCCACCAUACUUUUCGUUUACACAACAUAGUGAUAAUACGGCGCCAACGGAGCGGUCAUCAAUGCCUGAUGGGAAGGAAGCUUUAUUUUCUAGUAAGCGCUACGCAGAAUCAGAGGGCGUAAUGCGGUCUAAGACUUCUUUCACUAAUUUAGAGGCGUAUUUACAUGCGCACCGAAUCGAGAUAGUUCUACAUGAUUCGUUCAUGCCGAAGCAAUCGUUACAGUAUUUCUAUGCUACUCACACUUGCCGUGCCGGACAGAACGUUCUCGUCACCAUUCCACCUCAUAAGGAGUUUAUGGACAUUUACCGUUUGACACGUCCCAAAGGAAAACAGUCUCGACGUAACCCACUUUUCCCUCGCAAGCGGUUGCCACAGACAGUGUGCCCACCUUUGUCUUCUGAUAUUUCGAAUUCUGCGCAAACAGGGGAUUCAGAUGCUGGCAAUGUUGUUUCAGAUGAGACACAUCCCACCUUACCAAUUGGGACGUUUUCUGAACCCGACUCUACUCCAGCAUUCUUUUUAACAGCAGUGGAAAGCCAGGUGGCUCAGAAUCCUCAGGGGUCUCAACUUUCCCCCAACACUUCGACAGCCUUUUCUCGCUGUGAUGUUCCCUCAGCGGAAGUACCGAAACAUGGCAAAACGAAUGUCAAAUCAACAACUCGUUUGCCACCUGUAAUUUCACCUAGCUCUAUGAAUGUCCACAGAGCCCUUGCGGAACUGAAGAAUCUCCUACGUAAGCCUCUGCCGUCCUUACCAUACAGCUCUGGACAUCAUGGAUAG